UUGCGUAAUUGUAGUGAGCCGCCAUUGUUCCUUCUCUUUUCCACUACCUCACUGGCUUUGAGCUAUACUGUUGUUCUCUUUGCUCUUCACUUGAGGCUUUUCUUUCUACAUUGACCCUUUUUUGAUCUGGAGAUUGCAUCUUAAGCCUCAAAAUAGUUUUACUACCAAUGCCAAUGGAUGGAACGAGGGAUACCUUUGCAUCAGGAAGUGAAUCAAAUGAAGAAGUUAAAAUUGUGAUUGCUUCAGGUUAUGAUCAUUUGGCUGACAAGCAAACAAGAAUUAGACACUUAAAAUUGUAUCGAGCUGCACUAAGUGGUGAUUGGAGCAUAGCUGAAGGUAUUUAUAAGGAGCAUAAAAAUGAUUUAACAGCGAGGAUAUCAAAGGAAGGAGACACCGCUCUCCAUAUUGCAGCUGCAGCAGAGCAAACAGAUUUUUUGAAAAAGCAGGUGGAAAAUAUAAAUAAAGAGGAUUUAGCUACAACAAAUAAGGCCGGAAAUACAGCCUUUUGUCUUGCUGCUGUGUCUGGAAAUGUGGAAAUUGCCCAAGUGAUGAUGAAUAAGAUGAAUAAAGAGAAUUUAACUUCAAAGAAAGCUGCUGGAAAAACAGCUCAUUGUCUUGCUGCUGCGCCCCAAAAGGAGUGUACAAACUUAGCUGAUGUGCUGGAAAUGGGAAACUUAGCAAUGAUCCGUGGUAGAAAUGAGAUGCUACCACUUUACAUGGCCGCUCUAUUUGGCCAUAAAGAGAUGGUACAGUUCCUUUAUGAAGCCACUGAUGAUGGGUUUUUAAGUGACAAUGACCGCAUUGAAUUGCUUGUCACUCUAAUAAGCAAUGGUUUGUAUGAUGUUGCACUGGAUUUGCUAGAGAAGCACCCAGAGUUAGCCAUCACUUGUGAUAGGAAUCAGGAGACAGCAUUGCUUGCCUUGGCUCAAAUGCCUAUUCCCUCUGAAAAUCAGCAAGGAUUUUGGAAACAAUCUGUCAAUUUAUUUUCAGGUACCAAUACCAAAUUGCCUGCAAAAGCAUUGGAACUAAUCCAACGCCUUUGGGAACAAGUUAUAUUGUCAGAUGAUUCUGCCCUUUCAAAUAUUUAUAGUACAGCCCAACAGCUGAUAUUUGUUGCUACAAAACUAGGAAACAUUGAGUUUUUAACUGUACUUAUUUGUGAAUAUCCUGAUUUGGUACUGGAAGUUGAUGAAAAUAAUUAUACCAUAUUUCAUUUUGCGGUUAUGAAUCGACAAAGGGACAUCUUCAAACUAAUACAUGAGAUAGGUACUUUUAAGGAUUUAAUAGUUGCUUCCAAGGAUGAAAAGGAUAAUAAUAUAUUGCAUUUGGCUGGAAAGUUGGCACCAGCAGAUCGGCUCAAUGUUGUGUCCGGUGCAGCUCUGCAACUGCAGUGGGAGUUGUUGUGGUUUAGGGAAGUGCGCAAAAUUAUGCAUCCAUUGGAUGCUCACGAGGAAAACAGCAAAGGGGAAACUCCCGCAGCUUUAUUUACUAAGGAGCAUGGAGAAUUAAAAGAAAAGGGGGAGAAGUGGAUGAAGGAUACUGCAAAUUAUUGCAUGAUUGUGGCAACUCUUAUUGCCACUGUGGUUUUUGCUGCCACUUUCACUGUCCCAGGUGGCACCAAUGACGAGACAGGGACUCCUCAUUUUGUUCAGAAAGCUUCCUUCAAAAUUUUUGUUAUAUCAGAUGCAGUUUCGCUGGUAUCAUCCACAUGCUCCAUAUUAGCAUUCUUAUCCAUUCUAACUUCCCGAUAUGCAGAAGAAGAUUUCCUUUCACAGUUACCUAAGAAGUUGGUUGCUGGACUUGCAACACUUUUGUUAUCGAUUACCGCUAUGAUGGUAGUGUUUUGUGCAACUAUUUUCAUUGUUUUCAAGGAUGGAGUGCUCUGGGUUCCAAUUCUUGUUACUGUAAUUGCUUCUAUACCAGUCUUUUUGUUCACCAAGCAACAAUGGCAUCUCCUUUUUGAUGUGGCACAGUCGACUUAUGUAAGUAGUUCUCUUUUCGAACCACAUAGACAUACCCUUUUCUGCAAAGAAGGGAAAGCAAUGGAGCUCAAGAAGAGGGAGUAAAUCACUGUACCUAACAAGUAGUGCUGCACAAAUUUUGAAUCUAUGCUGUUAUGGUUUUUCUAUUUGUAUCAGUACUACACAAGUAGUUAUAAGCAUGAUGCAAUUAAAAUUUAUAUUAGUGGUUACAUGUAUA